CCAUCGCCAAAAGCGAUAUUACGAGGGCACAAGGCCCAGGUACACGCCGCCACGUUCGUGAGACAGAAUGAGCGCCUUGCGACUGGCGACGCCGAGGGCUGGGUCGUGCUCUGGGACCUCACCAUCAUGCGGCCACGAGCUGUUUGGAGAGCCCAUGAAAAUGCGAUUCUUGGCAUAAGAGGGUGGGGCAACGACAAAAUUAUCACCCAUGGCCGUGAUCACAAGCUUAUUGUGUGGAGGGUCAAAGAGGAGGAUGAGGAGCGUCUCAGCGUCUCAUUGCCGCUGGAGGACACCCCCGCGCCACGCCCACAGCCCUGGGUCCUUCAUUUGUUGGAGGUGAACACAAUGAACUUUUGCUCAUUUGCUGCUUGUCUCGGUGACCCCAAGCAGGGAAGUUCUAUUGAAGCCAGCUCGUCUGUAGCAGAAGUCGUUCUCGCUGUGCCCAAUACCCUCGCCUCUGAGGCCAUCGAUAUCUACACACUACCAAGCCAGAGCAGGAUUCACACUAUCAAACCCGGCCAACAGAAUGGCAUGGCCAUGAGCCUAUCUUUGUUACACCACAAUGAAAGAUUGACACUGGCUGCAGCGUUUGAAAACGGAUUUGUCUCUGUGCAUCGUCUAGAAGUUGACGGGUCUUGGACGAUAACAUACCGAUGCCAAGCCCAUACGCAGCCUGUUCUAUCUAUAGACAUCCAUCCCAAUCGGGAAUGCCUUUUUACUUCGGCGGCAGAUGCCCUGAUAGCGAAGCAUCCGAUUCCGGUUUCUCAGCAAGAGGUAGACAUUGGGCUUGAGCCUAACCAGAGGGUAGUAGAGGUGGUUGACACUCCGUCUGCCUCUUCAGCGACGGGUUCAGGCCGCAAGAUCUUGAAAGAAUGGGAGCACGCACUCAAAGUCGUCAAUACAAAGCAUUCUGGCCAGCAAAAUCUCAAAGUCAGGUCCGACGGAAAAAUAUUUGCCACUGCUGGGUGGGAUUCGAAGAUUAGGGUAUACUCGACCAAAACACUAAAGGAGCUCGCUGUGUUGAGCUGGCACAAAGUCGGGGCUUAUGCUGUGGCCUUUUCUACUAUUGAGGACUCAGCUGCUCCCGCAAGCACUAAAGCUCCAUUAUCUGGGCAGUUGGAAGAGAACGCCGCCAAGGAAUUCGAUGGCGCAACACUUCAAAAGGCUGAGGCCGAGGCUGAGGCGCAGGAAACAAAGAGCUUGGCAAGAGGAGUUGGAAUGAGCGUCAAAGAUCGCAGACUUCACCUUGCAAAGACGGCACACUGGAUUGCGGCAGGGGCAAAAGAUGGAAAAGUAAGUCUCUGGGACAUAUAUUAA